AUGCGAUUGAAGAGUGCGAUCGAGGACCUGAAAAAGGACCAAACGCGUCAUUCGGAGGUUCUUCGAGAGAACAGGAACCUGAAGGAGGAGAAGGAAAUCGCCAUUCUCAGAGACGAACUUCGUGCCGAAAAGGACAAGGUGGCAACAGCCGUGAAGGAACGCAGCGACGACGACGCCCGAAGUUCAGUGACGCUCGAGAAGAUAAAAGACGAAUUGCGACUGGCGAACCGGGAAGCGGCGGCUGCAAAGGACCUCCAACGACGGUCGGCGACGAAGCUGGAAGAGACCGAGAAGCAGGUGGAGAGUCUGAAGGAACGGUUGAAUGAAAAAGGUCGCUCGACUGCAAACGCGAACAAGGAGAUCGCCUCCCUCAGAGACGAACUUCGUGCCGAAAGGGAAAAGGUGGCAACGGCUUCCAAGGAACGCAGCGACGGCGACGCCCGACGUUCGGCAAUUCUCGAAAAGAUCAAAGAGGAUCUGCGAUUGGCGACUCGCGAAUUGGAGACUGCCAAAGACAGGGAACGAAGGUCGGCGAAGAAGUUGGAAGAGAGCGAGAGGGAGGUCGAGAGUCUGAAGGAGUGGUUGGACGUAACAGAGAAGAAUCACGAAGCGAACCUUCGCGAGUUUCGUUCUUCCGUCGAGUCCGACAAGGCGAAGGCGAUAUCAGAUCUUGAAACGGCCAAGGCCGAUCACUCCGACAGGACCGACAUUCUCCGAACUGAGAUUGCCGAUCUUAAGGAAAAGCUGGCCGAGGCCACUCGAAAGGAGCCUUCGCUGAUCAAGGAUGUCGAAAAAUUACCCGCCCUGAAGGAUGAGAACAAGAAGGAGAAAAAGGCUAAAGACGAACUGCAACGGACGUCCCGCGAUCUGGCGGCCGCCAAGGAAGCCGAAAUCAGGCUGAAGUCGAACCAUGAAAAAAUCGAGAAUGAAAUUCCUCAGUGGAAGCAAUGGGUCGAAGAAUUGAAGAAGGCACGAGACGAAUCUCACGAAUCCCACGCCAAGGAACUCGGAUCGCUUCGAGACAAUCUCGAGAGGGAGAAAUCGGACGCUGAAACGAAACUUGCAACGGCGAAGGCGAGCCACUCGGACGAGAUCGAAAAUCUUGAAACGCAUAUAUCUUUCCUUAAAAAAAAGGAAUCGAAACUGAGAAAAGACACAGGUAAGUUGCAUGCGGCCCUAAAGGAACGGGAAGAGAAGCAUCUCGAUCGGAUAGCUAAACUGGAAUCCGAUAAGAUUUCGCGAUCGGCCGAAGCGGAAGAGGCUCUUGACGAGUGCGCGUCCCUCUCAGAGAAACUGAAGCUCGCGACCGAUUCCGAACGUCGGUCGAAGGAGGACCUUAAUAGGUGGCAAGCCGAGAAGAGGUCGUGGCAAGCGACGGCCGAACGACGUUCGGCAGAUCUCGACAAGCUUCGCGACCUGCUGAAGACGUCCGAGAGAGAACGCGCAAAUCUUGAGUCCCAACUUUCGAACGUUGACAAGAAUGUAACGGAUUCGAAAGAAACGGAUUCGUUGAAGCGGGAGCUGGAAAGACAUCGACAGGAGAUCCGACAACUCGAACGACUUUUGAGCGACGAAAAGAGGGAGAAGUCGGGUGAAUCCAACGAUAGAAUGAUUUCGGAACUAAGUAAAGAACUCAAAACGGUCAUCGACGCGCGCGAUAGACUGGUGAAAGAGAACACCGAAAUGGAAAAGAGGCUAUCGGAAUCAGAAAAAAGUCUGUCGAAUUUGUACGACGAAUCGAUGAAAAAGGUUGUCCACCUCGAAGAAUCGGUGUUUUCGAAGAACAAGGAAGCGGAAGAAUUGAGAUCAGAUUUGACGAAAACGAAGAUGGAGAUGGACGAGAUCAAAAGACAACUCAACUUUUCCAAUAACAAAGUGGCGGAGGCGUAUUCCGAAGUGACUCGAAUCGUCGAGAACUCGGAAGACGGCCGAUUGCACGAGGAAUGUCGAGAACUUCUCACACGACGCCUCGAUGACGUGGAACGUUCGUUGGAAAAGGAAAGGAUAAAGGCGGCCAAUUGUGAGCAAAUGAACAAAUAA